UGUCGGAUCCCGGCCGGCCGGUCGCAGCUGGAUGCUGCUCGACUAGCUCGGCGUUAGCAAGGCAGCCUGUGCGGGGACGCGGAGGAUGGCCGGCGGCGUGCCGUCGGUGUGUUUUCCCCGCCGCGUCGUGUCUCCGCGGUGGUGACCGAGCAGCUUUUUCGGUACCGCAGCCUCGUCGGGACAUAAACUGUGCGGUGCUGCGCGCGCAGUGACCCGCGGGGAGGAUGAGGAGCCGCAGUAACUCCGGAGUGCGGCUGGACGGCUACGCCAGGCUGGUCCAGGAGACCAUCCUGUGUCACCAGAAUCCAGUGACUGGACUUCUUGCUGCCAGCACUCAGAAGAAGGAUGCCUGGGUCAGAGAUAACGUGUACAGCGUCAUGGCGGUGUGGGGGCUCGGCAUGGCCUACCGCAAGAACGCAGACCGCGACGAAGACAAGGCCAAGGCCUACGAACUGGAGCAGAGUGUGGUGAAACUGAUGCAGGGACUGCUGCAGUGCAUGAUGAGACAGGUGGGGAAGGUGGAGAAGUUUAAACACACCCAGAGUACGAAGGAUUGCCUUCAUGCCAAAUACGAUACUCCCACAUGUGCGACGGUGGUCAGAGAUGACCAGUGGGGCCAUCUGCAGGUGGACGCCACCUCCAUUUACCUGCUGAUGCUGGCCCAGAUGACAGCUUCAGGUCUUCGUAUCAUUUCCAACCUGGAUGAGGUCGCCUUUAUCCAGAACCUGGUCUUUUACAUAGAGGCGGCCUACAAAGUGGCCGAUUAUGGGAUGUGGGAGCGAGGUGACAAGACCAACCAGGGAAUCCCCGAGCUGAAUGGCAGCUCUGUAGGAAUGGCCAAGGCAGCGUUGGAGGCCAUCGAUGAGCUGGAUCUGUUUGGCGCGCACGGAGGGCCAAAGUCAGUCAUUCAUGUUCUGCCUGAUGAAGUGGAGCACUGUCAGUCCAUCUUGUGCUCCAUGCUGCCGAGAGCUUCACCUUCCAAGGAGAUCGACGCCGGCCUCCUCUCGGUCAUUUCCUUUCCUGCUUUUGCCGUGGAGGACGCCGACCUGGUGGCCAUCACCAAGUCAGAAAUCAUCAACAAACUGCAGGGUCGUUAUGGCUGCUGCCGCUUCAUCAGGGAUGGAUAUCGUUGUCCGAAAGAGGAUCCCUCUCGGCUGCAUUACGAUCCUGCAGAGCUCAAACUGUUUGAGAACAUCGAAUGUGAAUGGCCUGUUUUCUGGACUUAUCUCAUCCUGGAUGGUCUCUUUACUGAAGAUCAAGUGCAGGUGCUGGAGUACCGUGAAGCAAUGGAGGGCAUUUUGAUCCGGGGGAAGAACGGAAUCAAACUGGUGCCCGAACUUUAUUCUGUGCCUCAUGACAAGAUGGAGGAGGAAUACAGCAACCCUCACUCGGUGGACAGAGUGGCCAUGGGGCAGCUGCCGCACAUGUGGGGACAGUCGCUGUACAUCCUGGGCUGCCUCCUGGCCGAGGGUUUCUUAGCACCCGGAGAAAUCGAUCCUCUCAACAGACGAUUCUCAACACACUUCAAGCCAGAUGUUGUGGUGCAAGUUUGUGUUGUGGCCGAGUCGGAGGAGAUCCAGGAGUUGCUACGAGACGCUGGGGUCACGGUUCAGACGGUGUCAGAGGUUCUGCCCAUCAGGAUCAUGCCCGCUCGCAUCCUGAGUCACAUCUAUGUCCGACUGGGGAACUGCAAGAAGCUGAAUCUGAGUGGGAGGCCCUACAGACACAUCGGAGUCCUGGGAACAUCCAAAUUCUACGAGAUCAGAAAUCGCUUUUACGUAUUCACCCCUCAGUUUCUGGAUCAGCAUCAUUUCUACUUGGCGCUGGACAACCAGAUGAUUGUGGAGAUGUUACGGACUGAACUGGCCUAUCUGUCCUGCUGCUGGAGGAUGACAGGAAGGCCCACGCUCACUUUCCCCAUCACUCACAGCAUGCUGGUGGAGGAUGGAGAUGCAAUUGACCCUUGUAUCCUAGCAACCCUCAGGAAACUGCAGGAUGGCUAUUUUGGUGGAGCGAGGGUACAGAUGUCGGACCUCUCCAGUUUUCAGACCACUUCGUUUCACACUCGCCUCACUUUCCUCGAUGAAGAUGACAGUUUACUCGAUGAAGUAGAUGGUGAAGAUGAUGACGACUAUGAGGGGGAAUACAACACCCGUGGACCCUCAGAGGGAUCAAAAGACGUGUUUGACCAGUACCUCACCCAGCUCCUGCACAGCACCACCACAAAGUGCCAUCUUCCUCCCAUCCAGAGGGGGCAGCAACACGUCUUCAGUGCUGAACACACCACAAGAGACAUCCUGUCCUUCAUGGCCCAGGUCCAAGGCCUGAAUUUACCCAAGUCCUCCAUGUAUCUACCCGUGACUCCGACCAUGAAUAAGUACCGCAAAUCUCUCAACCUUCUUGAAGUUCCUCAUCCUCGUCCUCAGCACAGCACUGCGCACACAAAUCAGCAUAAGUCCCACAGUGCUGCUGAUUUGCAUCUGCCUCGAGACUCUCAGGGGAACCCGGACUUCGCUGCGCUGGUGAGGCAACUCAAGGAGUGCCCCACUCUGCAGGACCAGGCCGACAUCCUCUACAUCCUCUACGUUAUGAAAGGAGCAGACUGGCUGGUGGAGCUGUCCGGUCCUGGACAGGGAGGUGUCAGCGUGCGGUCUCUGUUGGAGGAGCUUUAUGUUCAAGCUGGAACAUGCAAAGAGUGGGGGCUCAUCAGGUACAUCUCUGGAAUACUACACAAGAAAGUGGAAGUCCUUGCCGAGGCCUGUACAGACCUGAUUUCCCAUCACAAGCAGCUGACUGUCGGUCUUCCUCCUGAACCCAGAGAGAGAGUGAUCACAGUGCCACUUCCUCCAGAGGAGCUGAACACUCUAAUCUAUGAAGCCAGUGGUCAGGACAUCAGUAUCGCUGUUCUCACUCAGGAAAUCAUGGUCUACCUGGCCAUGUAUGUGCGCUCUCAGCCUGCUCUGUUUGGGGACAUGCUCCGACUCAGGAUAGGACUCAUCAUGCAGGUGAUGGCCACAGAGCUGGCCCGCAGCCUGCACUGUUCCGGAGAGGAGGCGUCGGAGAGUUUGAUGAGCCUGAGUCCCUUCGGCAUGAAAAACCUGCUGCAUCACAUUCUCAGCGGCAAAGAGUUUGGAGUGGAGAGAAGCAUGCGUCCGAUCCAGUCCACUGCCACCAGUCCUGCCAUCUCCAUCCAUGAACUGGGCCACACUGGAGCCACAAAGACUGAGCGCACAGGAAUACACAAACUGAAGAGUGAAAUAAAGCAGAUCUGCAGUGGCGGUCUUUCCUUGAAUAGCAAUGUCACAUCUCCUCGGUCUACGCGCUGCAGCAGCCCGUCCACCCCCAGCGGCGUGCUGUCCCCGGUGGGCCCGGGGCCAGUCGGACUGCACUGGGAGGAGAAACAGGGCCAGUGGCUGAGGAGACGGAGGUUGGACGGAGCCAUCAACAGAGUGCCGAUGGGUUUCUACCAGAAGGUCUGGAAGAUCCUGCAGAAGUGCCACGGCCUGUCCAUCGACGGAUACGUGUUGCCGUCUUCUACCACCAGAGAGAUGACGGCAGGAGAGAUCAAGUUUGCGGUGCAGGUGGAGUCCGUCCUGAACCACGUGCCUCAGCCAGAGUACCGCCAGCUGCUGGUGGAGACGGUCAUGGUUCUGGGUCUGGUGGCCGACGUGGACGUGGACAGCAUCGGGAGCAUCAUCCAUGUGGAUCGCAUCCUGCAUUUGGCGAAUGACCUUUUCCUCGCAGACCAGAAAUCCCACGGUGCAAGUGAAUACUUCCUUGAAAAGGACCCGGAGACGGGAAUCUGCAACUUCUUUUACGACAGCGCCCCCAGCGGGAGCUUCGGCACCAUGACGUAUCUCUCGAAAGCAACGGUCACUUACGUGCAGGACUUCCUGCCGAGCUCCAGCUGCCUCAUGCAGUGAAGAAGUAAAGCGGCCUGCUUCACUGCCUCCGACAGACUCCCAGUAACAACUGAAGCAUCCACUGGCCAGAUCAUUCAUGCAGUGCUCCAAGAUAUUUAACUCUCAUUGUACCAACGUAACAUCGCGGUCUUGUUGGCUGAUGCAAAGCACUACAUCUGAAUUUACCCUGUUCACGAGUCUCAUUCGUGAACUUACUUAUUUAUUUUUGUCCUCACAUACUGCUGGAUUGUGUUUACAGAUACAAGCACACCUCUGUGCUCUUGGAGGG